CAAAAAGCUUACUUUAUCCCUUUCUCUUUCUUUCCUUGAUGAAAAUGGCUCCUCCUCCCCAUCUCCUUUAUCACCUUCUUCUCUACCCCUAAACUUGUUCGUUCUGUUUUGUUUUUUGUUUUACUUCGAAAAUACCCACAUACAAUUUAGUCUUUUGAAUACCUCUAUUAAUUGGUUUUCUUCAUAUUACAUUUCAAUUAGUUAAAGAAAACAAGAAGAAGAAACUAGUCUCUGUUUUAUGCGGGCUGGUUUCUCAGUGUUGGCUGAAUCAGCAGAGAGUAGUGCUAGUGCUGGUAUUGGUAUUGGUAUUGGAAUAAACUUUCGCUGUUCGAAGCAGGCGAAUACGAUGCUGGAUGACUUGCCGGAGAAUUGUAUCUCAACCAUAAUAAAGUACUUGAAUCCACCUGAGAUCUGUAAAUUGGCUUUGUUGAACCGUGCUUUUCAUGGUGCUUCUUUAGCUGAUUUUGUUUGGGAGUCAAAGCUCCCAUCCAAUUACAAGUUUCUUGUUGAGAAACUACUUCUUCUUCAAUAUCAAUCUCAAAACUACAUACCUAAGAAACUUAUAUAUUCCAAAUUGUGUCAGCCAAAUCGCUUCGAUGGUGGUACCAAGGAAGCUUGGUUGGAGAAGACUACUGGGAAACUUUGUUUGUCGAUUUCAUCAAAGGCGUUGAGGAUAACUGGAAUAGAUGAUCGAAGGUAUUGGAAUUACAUACCAACUGAAGAAUCAAGAUUCCACACAGUGGCCUAUCUACAACAAAUUUGGUGGUUUGAAGUGAUAGGAGAGUUGGAGUUAGAGUUGGCACCAGGGAGUUAUAGCCUGUACUUUCGACUACAAUUAGGCAAAGCUUCAAGAAGAUUUGGGAGAAGAGUUUGUAACCUUGAUCAAGUUCAUGGGUGGGAUUUAAAGCCAGCUCGGUUCCACUUGUCAACAUCCAACGGUCAUAAGGCUUCAUCAGAAUGUCAUUUGAACAACCAUGGAAAUUGGGUCCAUUACCGUGUGGGUGAUUUUGUAGUGGAAAAUCCUAACAUGCUCGUCAGGAUUAACUUUUCAAUGGUUCAAAUUGAUUGUACACACACCAAAGGUGGUCUCUGCUUAGAUACUGUGUAUAUAUACCCAACUGAGAUUUCUAAUAAGUUGUUGAAAUCUUAGUGGGUGUGUGUGUGUUUUCUUUAUGUGACAAGUGUAUAAAUGUGAGUGACAACUAGCAAUUAAUUUAUUAUAUUUUCAAAAAGAAUUAUGCAUUUAGUCUAAAGUUUUUUGCAUAAUUGCAUAAAAUGAAAGUCAAAUGUAAUGAAAUUUCACUUUUUUCCUUUCAAGAACGUAAUAUAGUUCAUUUGUAUAUAA